GACUUGGCGUGGCAUCCAUGCCCCUAUUCUCUCUCUCUCUCUCUCACAUCUAGUCAUCAUCUCUGUCCUCUGCUGACACACCCGUUAAAUAAAUAAUGACACACAACCUCUUCAACCAUAUUCCAUAUUUCACUGCUGCUAAGUGCUAAAACACUCACUCGCACAUUGCAAUCUGCAAAUCCCAGAUACCAAAGCCAAAACAUAAUCAAUUUGCUAUCUUCAAAACCAUCCAACAAUAUUGAAAAUGGUGGCAAUUUCUCUUGUGUCCUCCUCCUCCUGCUUUACUGGCUCUGCACUUCAACCCCCUCCACUUUUUUCUCCUCAAAAUCUCAAUCAGAGGUCUCUCUUUUCACUCAAUGUGAAUCUGCAGAGACUUGGCACUGGAAUUCAAAACAAGAACUGCAACUUCUGUCCGAGAGCUGCCCAGAAAGGGAAUUUGGAGGCUGUUGGUGUUCCAACUUCAGUGCCAGUUCGUGUGGCGCAUGAGCUUCUUCAAGCUGGACACAAAUAUUUGGAUGUCAGGACCCCUGAUGAGUUCAGUAAAGGGCAUGCCCCUGGGGCUGUUAACAUCCCUUACUUGUACAAACUUGGAUCAGGGAUGUCAAAGAACCCUGAAUUUCUAAAAGAAGUGGCAUCACAUUUCAGAAAACAUGAUGAGAUUAUUGUUGGAUGCCACCUUGGGAAAAGGUCCAUGAUGGCUGCAACUGAUCUCCUAGCUGCUGUAAGCACAACUUUGUUGUUAAGCAAUUAAUUACUUACGGACAUCACAUUUUGGUUGAACGUCGAUAUCAAAUAGGGUUUCAGUGGCAUUACAGACAUAGCUGGUGGAUAUGCUGCUUGGACACAGACUGGACUUCCAACGGAGAAAUGAAACUUGAUUGUGUCCUGCCACAGGGAGAGAGAGAGAGAGAGAGAGAGAGAGAGAGAGAAGGUCAAAGAAAAUGUCAUAUGUAAUGUAAUGUGUAUCAAACAAAAAGAAAAGUUGGUAAAUAAAUCAAUCACCCAGUUUACAAACAGCAAA